AUGUCCGACGUACCAUACGAUGUUGCAAGCGAUGUUUCCGACCUGGACCCGGAAUCUGCGGUGCUCGCACCGGUCCAGAAGCGCAUUGAAGCGCAACUUCGACAGCAUCUGGAAGAGGUCAUGCAGCAGAUCUAUGAAGUAAAGAAUGAAUUAUCUAAGGCUCAGAAAGAAAGGGAGCAAUGCGGUGUUGAGCUUUACAAUUCCCAGCAACACCUUGCCAAGUUGCAGGAAACUCUUGAGAAAUGCCAUGAAAAGCACCUCGCAACAAAGCAAAAACACGAGGAAAAGCUUCAAGAACGAGAGGAACUUGCUGCGCAGGCAGACACACUUCGGAAAAACAUUGAGGACCAGCAACGACAAUACGAACGUCAGCAGGCGGAUCUUUUAAAGCUUACUGAAACAUUAGUGAAAGUCCAACAGUUUAAUGAACAACUCAAAAACGAAGUUCAAGUGGAGCGCCGUGCUGCUUUCAAAACAGAGGAAGAUAUAACCAACUUGGAGAAGGAAAAGUUGAAGCAAGACAACCUUAUAGAUUCUUUGGAGAAACGUGUUGUUCUGCUAGAAGAAGAAAUAUCCACGGUUAACUCCCAGGUCGAGAACCAGCAAAGGGAAACCCAGAAGGCUCGGGAAAUAUUAGCUGAAGCUUUGGCAGAAAUGGAGGCAAUUAAUUUUGAAAAAAAACAAUUAGUUCAACAGUGGAAGGGUACGCUCAUUGGGAUGCAACGGCGUCACGAAGCCAUGAAAAAGACAGAAGAGGCACUGCAACAGCAGAAAGAUGAGCUACAAGUGCUCGAGAACGAGAUAAUUGGGACAAGGAAAGACAUUAAAGGCGUUCAAGCAGAGACUGCCAAAUUGGCUGAAUUCAUGUCUCGAGUUGACAACGAAGUUACCGUUCUAGGGAAGCAGAUCGAUGUCCUUGUGGAAAGAAAGGAGAAAGGCGCACGUGAAUACGUGAUGCUGAAGGAUAAUAUUGAACAAACAGAUGCAGAAGCCAAAAAGCUGGAAUACGAGGCAAGAACAUACUCUACCGAAGCUGCCGAUAUCGAGAAGAAGAUGUUGAAGGUUUCUAAGGAGGUGGUCCUGAUGGAAAAUGACAUACUCGAGUCACUUGGUAAGCAGUCCUCACUGAAACAAGAGUGCCACGGUACGUUGAGUGAUAUCGAAAAAAUGAAAGGCUCCAUUAGAUCCAAGGAGCUUCAAGUGGCACAAAUGGAGAACGAACUUGCUCGCAUUCGUGUGGACACACUGCAGGCUCAGUCACAUAAUGAGACCCUGAAAACCACAUUGGGCGAUCUCGAAAAGGAGCUACAAGCUCGUGGCCUGAUGGUCGAACGCAUGCAAAUGGACAUUCACCGUCGACACGACGAGAUCGACAGGAAGCAAAAACAACUAGACCAACUCAACCACCAGUAUGAACAACUUGUCGCUGCUUAUGGCGCCGACAAGGGGGAACACGUAGGGCCCCUGGAGGCCACCAUUAACAGUCUUUCAAAAGCAAUUGCGGAAAAAGUCAAUGAAAAUGAGGCUCUCCAACAGGAAUGGAUAAAACUGCAAACAGAGUUGGUUAACUGUAAAAACAAUUCAAAUGAAGUGAACGAAGCGAUUCUUGAGCUCCAGGCCCAGAGCACUGUACUAACACAAAAAAGGGAUCGACUUCUAGUAAAUAUAUCAAACGAGAAAAAGGACAUUGCAAACCUCGAAAACAAGGCGAAUGCCAUGCACCUAGAGAUGAAACGGGUAAACACUCAACUUUGCAAAAAUUCCGAUGAUCAGAAGAACGUUGCCAACGAAGCGUUUCUUCUCGAGAAUGAUCUCAUUCGUAGACUCCAGGAAAAAAAGCGUGAGGCGAUCGUGCUUGAGCAAAAGGUGGAGGAAGCUAGACAGGCGAAAACCGAACUCCUUGAACAAAUUAUGAAUCAUGAAAGUGAUAUAUUGUUUUGGGAGAGGAAAAUGCAAGUUGCUAAAGAAACUGAGAUGGCGUUAGAUCCUUCGGUUGGUAAAGCAGAAGUAGAGAAAAUGAGAAAAGAGAUUGGGAUCAUGGAACAGCGAGUCAGUCACCUGCAGCGUGAACAGCGGUUUUUAAUUGAAGAAAUGCAGAAGUCAAUUGAUCAUCGGGAGAUCAUCAGGGCAAAAGGCCAGGCGAUCCAAGAGGCUGCCAAAGUGAACAAGCGGGGAGUGACGAGAAUGGAUAUUGAAAAAGAAAGUUCCAGGAUGUUUAAGGAGUUAAAUGAAAAAAGACAAGAGGCGCAGCUAAAAGAGCGUCAGAUCAAGGAACGUCUUGCUUCCAUUGAGAAGACAACGGCCGAGGCAGAAUCUGUUCAGCGGGAAAUAGACACUCUUGACGAACAGAUUUCCGAGCUUCGCUCACAACUUGUUGUCGCUCAAAAGGAACACGACCGUUUAGAGGACGAGCGACGCGCGAAGAACUCGAGUCUCCAGCGCAUUCGUGACGCAGAGAAGGGAACGUACAAGUCCGCUCUAGAGUUAAAGCAUACGGCAGCUGAGGCAUCGAGACUGAACGAAAAACGGAGGGCAUUCGCCGAAAUACUAGGAGAGCUAACCGACAAAUACCCUGAACUUGCGGAUGAUCUUUCUGAUAUAGCAUCAUCUCUGCACUGA